UCAGGCAUACGCAGAGAAACGGGCUGCUGGUGGCGAAGAUGGCGGAUGGGGAUAGCGGCAGUGAGCGCGGUGGCAGCAGCGGCGGCGGCGGCGGGGGAGGAAGCGGUGGAUUUCAGCAUUACCAGCGCGAACCAGAGACCCAGGAGCUGGCUUCGAAACGACUGGACAUUCAGAACAAACGCUUUUACCUUGACGUGAAACAGAACGCCAAAGGCCGGUUCAUCAAAAUCGCAGAGGUCGGCGCCGGGGGCUCUAAAAGUCGUUUGACCCUCUCCAUGUCAGUUGCAGCUGAGUUCCGCGACUAUCUUGGUGAUUUUAUAGAGCACUACGCCCAACUCGGGCCUAGCACCCCGGAGCAGAUUGCUCAGUCGUCCAGCGGUGAUGACAGCGGGCCUAGACGGGCCUUGAAGAGCGAGUUUCUGGUGCGUGAGAACCGAAAAUACUACCUCGACCUUAAGGAGAACCAACGGGGUCGGUUCCUCCGGAUUCGACAGACCGUCAACAGAGGCCCCGGAUUCGGAGUGGGGGGCAUUCCCGGAGCCGGCAUGCAAUCCGGCCAAACCAUCGCCCUCCCCGCUCAAGGGUUAAUAGAGUUCCGCGACGCUUUGGCUAAGCUGAUAGACGACUACGGGGGAGACGACGAUGAGCUGGGCGGUGGCGGAGGAGCCGGGGGCUACACCGAACUUCCGGAGGGCACGUCGAUCAUGGUGGACUCCAAACGCUUCUUCUUCGACGUCGGGUCCAACAAGUACGGCGUCUUCUUACGGGUGAGCGAGGUUAAGCCCAGCUACAGGAACUCUAUAACUAUCCCCUUCAAGGCGUGGAGCAAGUUCGGGGGAGCGUUUAGCCGCUACGCCGAGGAGAUGAAGGAGAUCCAGGAUCGGCACCGGGACAAGAUGUACGAGCGGAGAACCGGAGAGGAGUCCGAGGGGGACGACGUGGACGACGAUUGACCCACAGGGAGAGGUGUUUGUUUGGUUUGGGGUGGUUUAAGUUAACAAAAUGAUGCAAAGCCUGGAGAUACAACAGAGGAACGACUAUUUUGUGCAUGACGAAUCGAACUAUAAAAAGCUAAAACAGAGUAAGAUAAAAAAAAAAAGUAUAUUUGACUGAGAAAUUGUCUA